AUGAUUCUGUCAUUCGAUGAGAUAAUCAAAUGGUUUGGCGUAACGGUGUUUGAGAUAUUCAUGAUUCUGGUGUCGAUACUAAUCUAUACGAUACUAUUAACGCUGAAAUGUGACACCGAAUUGGGUGGUGAGUGGAUGGGGUGGUGGACCGUCCACUCGCCGCUCUUCAUGUGCGACGCUCUGCUCAGCUAUUUCUGUAUAAUUGUAUUCAUUCGCCAGUAUUUGGACGGCAAAUAUAAAAUGGCAUUAUUUCGUGCCGUUUGGAGUUUCAAUCAGAUAUUGCUAUUGUUUUUAUCAAAACUGUUGCUCUGUUUUAAACUCGAGGGACAAAAGCAUAUGACACACUCGGAGAUCCUUUCGCCGCUUUUUAUUUUGUUAAUCCUUCUCCUCAUCAGAGCGUGUCGUUUGCAUUGA